UAGGGGCGAAGUGAAGUCACCAAAUUCCUUUCUGGCUCUGCGGCGCCACUUCAGUCUUGAUAGAGCAAGGGUUUCUUCAACUAAAACCGGAGAAAACCCUAAUAAAGGCGAGGUAGAUUUUCCGAGAGAGAGAGAGAGAGAGAGAACUUGUCUGAUCUGAAACCAUGGCAAAUGCUACAAGGGGAUUGUCGCAGAAGGAGGCCGACAUCCAGAUGAUGUUGGCCGCGGACGUCCAUCUCGGGACAAAGAACUGCGACUUUCAGAUGGAGCGUUAUGUUUUCAAGAGAAGAACCGAUGGUAUUUUCAUUAUUAACCUUGGGAAAACGUGGGAGAAGUUACAGUUGGCAGCCCGAGUUAUAGUUGCAAUUGAAAAUCCACAAGAUAUUAUUGUUCAGUCUGCAAGGCCUUAUGGUCAAAGGGCAGUGUUAAAGUUUGCUCAAUACACAGGAGCACAUCCAAUUGCAGGGAGACAUACUCCUGGAACAUUUACUAACCAAAUGCAGACUUCAUUUAGUGAGCCUCGUCUCUUGAUCCUCACAGAUCCCAGAACAGAUCACCAGCCAAUUAAGGAAGCUGCCCUUGGUAACAUUCCAACAAUUGCCUUUUGUGACACUGAUUCACCAAUGCGAUAUGUUGACAUUGGGAUUCCAGCUAAUAACAAGGGAAAACACAGCAUUGGUUGUCUGUUCUGGUUGUUGGCUAGGAUGGUUCUGCAAAUGCGUGGGACUAUUCUUCCUGGACAGAAAUGGGAUGUCAUGGUGGAUCUAUUUUUCUACAGAGAGCCCGAGGAGGCCAAGGAACAAGAAGAAGAAGAUGUUGUUGUUGCCCCAGAUUAUGGGGUACAAGAAUAUUCAUCUGCUACACUCGCCCUUCCAGGUGAUCAAUGGGCUGGUCAAAUAACUGAAGGCCAAUGGGCUCCAGAAAUUGCUGCAGCAACUGGUGUUCCUGUUACAAGUGUUGAAUGGACUGGAGCUCCAGUUCCAUUAUCAGGCGAUGGAUGGGAUACAGCAGCUGCACCGCCGACAGUGGCAGGAACCGGAAUAGAUGUUGUUAUGGCUCCACCUUCGGGUUGGGAAGCUUGAGAUCUACAGUUUUGCGAACGCCUUAGUUAGGAACUUACCUUUAUCUGAUUUGCCAUGAAAAUUUAUUGAUGUUUUACAAUCGUUUUCAUUCUCUGCUGUGGAGGGAAUGAACUUAAUUUUGAUAGAAUGUAGCUUGUGAUGGGUUGGCGAAAUUUUUUGAAUUUUUAGGUGAAUCUAUCUGGCGAAAUCUUUUGAAUUUUUAGGUGAAUCUAUUCGUUUUUGUUUUUUUAUUUUUAUUUUUGGUGAUGUAAAAGGUCUCAUGGCUGGAUUUGUGGAGAUUACCGAGGGUUAUAUGUUGUCUUCGAAAGUUUCUUUCAAGAAUUUGGAAUGCCAUUUUGCCAUGAUAAAUUUAUAAUGU